CUCACGUUCUGGAGAGGCCAGCGCCCCGCAAGCGCCUGAGAACACAGAAAAAGGACUUACAGCGCCUUUGAGUUGGGGUUUCUUCCGGAGCGCGUCCUGCCAGGGAAAUUCCUCCCCACCGUGCCGCCAUCGCAGGUGUGGGUGCAGCCUUUAAAGACUGAUCGCAGGGAGCGUUCGGGGCUCCUUUGGUUGGCGGAACCCCCUUAGCCCCAACCCAUCGGCACGCUGUGAAACCCCUUCUGGGAGAAAUGGCUUCUCUAGAGGAUGCCCGCCGCCUUGGGGGUAAGAUCCCUAUCCAGAGCUCCUCAGACUCUGAACCUGCAGCCAGAGCUGAGGGACAACACAGGGAGGCCGCGGACUCAAACAAGGUCGAGGGAAAGAGUGCUACGUUGCACGACCCGACCUCCUCUUCCAAUUACAUGAAGGCUCUCCAGGGCAUCCUGGGAAAAUUCAUACCGAAAGGACAGCCCUCCCGCGGUGCAAAACCGAGCACGAGCGAGCAUCCCGAAACCGGGGGAGAAACCGCCAGGGUUGUCACCUUCUCUGCUCCUCGGGAAAUGCAAGCGUUGGCCCCAGUGGUUAGAGAGAAGGAGAAGAUGCUGAUAGAGGUCAGCAGUUCGGGUGACAGGAAAGUGAUCAUCAGUCCUCCGGAGAAACCCAGCAAGCAGCCCCCAGACAACCAGAUGGUGGUCGUUUUCGAAAAGGCCUCCCCAGGCCUCCAGUAUCUGGACAGACGUAACUCUUAUCCGGAAUUCCAGCAGUACAAAGAAAGGGAUACGGUGGCCGAGCGCCCCUCUCCGGCCAGUCUCUUGUCUAUGGAUGAGCUGGCUGCAAUGGGACUCUCUCAGAGGCCAGUCUCCCUGGGUGUCGCCAGAGCCCCGCAGCCUUCAUCCUUCGCCGAUAACCCGGUCACGUGCCAGUCUCCGGUGUACAUGGGUCCUCCUCCCGACUAUGCCGGCUACCGCGGCAACAUCCUCCGAGCUUCCCACUACGCCCCCAUGGGCAACAGCAGCAACGUCCCCCAGGGCGUGAAGAACUGGGGAGGCUUCGGCGGUUACGCCCCCGCGUCAGAAGUGUGCUCGCCGAACUGGCCCCGAGACUGGAAGCCGUCAGGAGAAGAUCCGGCCCUGAAUUUCCACUUGGUUCGCUUCCCCAGAAGCUCAGCGGCGAGCCAGGAGAGGAUGACCGUCCAGGCGGGGAUACCAUCACAUUCUUGUGCGGGCUGUGCAGCUGGUUCCCCGCCAGAGAGCCACUGGAAGGGAAGCCUGGGUUUCGUCGACACCCACUGUCACUUGGACUUGCUCUUCUCCAAGAUGUCUUUCCAAGGGUCCUUUAAGAAGUUCACGGAAACGUAUAGCCAGUCCUUCCCGAAGGAGUUUCAGGGCUGCAUCUCUGAUUUCUGUGAUCCUCGCACACUGAAGGAUGGCAUGUGGGAAGAUCUUCUGAGGGAGGAUCUGGUCUGGGGGGCCUUUGGCUGUCACCCCCAUUUCGCACGUUACUACAACGAGACUCAGGAGAGAAACAUCCUGCAGGCCUUACGACACCCCAGGGCCGUGGCGUUUGGGGAAGUGGGUCUGGAUUACUCGUACAAGUGCACCACCCCUGUCCAGCAGCAGCAGAAGGUAUUUGAGAGGCAGCUGCAGCUGGCCGUGUCCCUGAACAAGCCCUUGGUGAUCCACUGCCGGGAGGCUGACCAAGACCUGCUGGCCAUCAUGAAACGAUACGUGCCUCCUGACUACAAGAUCCAUAGGCACUGCUUCACUGGCAGUUACCUGCUCGUCGAGCCCCUCUUGAAGUACUUCCCUAACAUGUCUGUGGGUUUCACAGCCGUCCUGACUUACUCUUCGGCCUGGGAGACCCGGGAUGCCCUGACGCAUAUCCCACUGGACAGAAUCGUCGUGGAAACGGAUGCUCCCUAUUUCCUGCCUCGGGGGGUUCCCAAAAGCCUUUGCCAGUAUGCCCACCCGGGCCUGGCCCUGUACACGGUUCGAGAGAUCGCCAGAAUCAAAGGUCAGCCGCUCACCCAAAUCUUGGCCACCUUGCGUGAGAACACCAACUACAUCUACAAUAUUUAAGCGAGGAGGGAGUGGUCAGGCGUCUUCCAGAAAAGGGAGACCAGCGGCCUGACAGCACAGACUUGAUGUGAACUCUGCCUGCGUCUCGAGGUCAAGACGUGUUCCAGAAGCCCGCUAGAACAGAACAGACAAGACCGUGGCCGACUGUUUUCUUCAAAACCUCUUCGUAAGACUUCUCCUUGUGACUGGUAGGAUGGGGUGCAGAAUGGCAGGAUGGGUAGGGGGAACUACCCUCGAUGUGGUUUACCAGGGUUUUUCCUCCCGGCCAAAUUGUGCCAGGACGGACAGUAAGAAAAGAAAGCGUUCCAUAGGGUACAAGUUGGCUAAAUCCAACUGCCUGUUCUCUGCAUCCUGGGGCUUUGGUUGCUGCAUAAAGUCACCCUCCUACUGGUCUUUAAAAAACAGAACAAACAAAAAAGGAAUGUGGGAGUUUCAAAGGGAGCCCGGUGAUUUGUUCUGUGGGUUCCCAAAACGUAGUUGUUGUUAUAGGAAUUCUCUAACCCGUACGGUUUGUCGUUAAAUUCAUCACUCAGCGACUGCGACUUGCAGUCUCUUGUUUCUAAAGAUAAGCCAACACUAGCAUUUCAUCUCAAAGGCCAUGGAUUUAGGUAAAAAUUUGCCCAUGAAUAGGCAGAACGGGCUGGGGGCGGGGGGCCGGCGGGCUCUCCGUGGAGGCACUUCGAGCCACGACGGGAGCCAGGUCAGUUGAAUCUUGGAACACCGCCGAGAUGAGUUUUGCAUCUGAACUGAACUCCCAAAGCUUGUGUGACUCCAAAUCUCUUCACGGAACCAGUAUAUUAAUAGCAACUGCUAUUCAGAUUGCUCUGACUGUUAACAAGGCCCAACUGUAUACCACUCAGAAAUACCGUUUUCCUGGAGGACAGAAACAGAGGAGCUUUAGCUUCCCACUUGGCAAACAGCCGUCCUCCCGGAGAAAUUUGCAGGAGCUCCCAUUUUAGGAAAAUAUUGGAGUUCUGAAACUUAGUUCUGCCAGCCAAAACACACACCUAAAUCCAAGAGUCCCAUUAUCGGAUGAGAAGGGCCAUUUUACUUUAUUUUUUUAAUGUUUAUUUUUGAGUGCGAGCAAGUUGGGGAGGGGCA